UGAAACUGGGUAAUAAGAUUCCUAAUCUCAAGAUGAAGACUUUCAUUAGUUAUAAAUUAUGCUGCAGAAGCUUUUUGUUGAACACCUGUGAGGCCAUUGACCCGGAAGGCCAGAUGAGGCUUUGGGAAGAGUGGUGCAAAGAUUAUAAUUUUGGACCAGAGAGUGGGUUUUUGGCCUGUGUAGGGGAUACUUGUUUUGAAGACUUCUGGGAGAUGGUGGAUAUGUUUUUGGGCCUUUUAAUGUUGUAUUUGGUGGUGAUUAUUGCUGGAGCGGGGUGGCGUUGGGUUAGAGAGUGGUGGAAGAUGAGGUAUAGGAGAGAGUUGCCGGUUUAUGUACCAGCCUCCAAUACCUUUAGCAAUUAUCAUCCUCCUUGUGUUCCAAUCAGCCCGAAGCUCUCUCCCUACUCUGUUUACUCCUCUACUAUAAAGUUUCAUUCAUAACCUCUCCCAUCUUUUGUCUCUUGGUCAUAACUUUGCUGGUGCUCGUAGAUGCUUG